AACAUGGCGACACAACAAACGGAAGCGAUCGAAGCAAUGGAAAAUGCGAACCGAACUUCGCAUCCUGGCUUCAGUAACGACAAGUAUUCUCUGCUCGUCAUUGUCGGUGGACAUAGUCGGACUGGAUUUGUGGACUACGUGGUUGCAGAGAUAAAGAGAGGCAUCCGCUCAUGGGAUGUGGACCUGACAUUCUGUAACCUGGACGAGCAGCUCAAGCUCUUUGUGUCUCGACACUCUGCCUUCUUCUCGGAAGAAAUAAAAGGCCAGAGGACACUGCAGCACAGUGGAGACGUUCUAGACACCAAGGUGGUGGGGAACCCAUCCCAUGAGUUGGUCUGCUCAGAGGUGCGCCGGCUUAUAUCUGAUGUGUCUCGCCACAAGUUGUUGGUUCUUGCUGGACAAUGUGUCGAAGAGGCAGGAGACCUGGUCUUACAAACAGGAUGCUUCUCUCUCAGUGACUUCAUUCAGAUAUUUGCUGAUGAAGAGAUUGGAGAGUUAUUGAGCUCGGCAGACCCUACACAAAAAGCUAGCCUCACGCUGAGUUGUCCUAACACUGGGGUGUGGAAGAACUCAGUGUUGGAGAAACACAACCUACAAGACUUCAUUGACAUCAAAACAAACCUGCCAUCAGUGCUACCUGAAAUGGAAGGUCUGCAAGAGUUCACAGAAUACCUCUCAGAGUCCCUGGAGCCACAGUCUUCUUUUGAGCUGCUGGAGCCCCCCAGUACUGUGGGCUUCCUCAAACUCUCCCGCCCCUGCUGCUACGUAUUUCCAGGUGGGAGAGGAGACUCUGCCUUCUUUGCUGUUAACGGUUUCAACAUCCUGGUCAACGGAGGGUCCGAUCCACGCUCCUGUUUCUGGAAACUGGUUAGACAUCUGGACAGAGUUGACUCCCUGCUCCUCACCCACAUCGGCACUGACAAUCUUCCAGGGGUGAACAGUCUUCUCCAAAGGAAAGUGGUAGAACUGGAGGAUGAACAGUCUGCCGACUCUCAGAUCAAUGAGGACUGGAUGAAAAAUCUAAUUUCCCCUGAUAUUGGCAUAGUUUUCCUUAAUGCUCCAGAGAGAUUGAAGUCAUUCGAGGGUAAUCCCAAAGAACUGCGGAGCUGCGAUCAGGUGGCACUCACGUUGCAGCACCUUGAAAGGCUAACAAUCAAUCCAGAGCCUCUUAGUCGCUCAAAUGGACCCACCAUUGAGCCUGUUAUACUUUUCCAGAAAAUGGGAGUUGGUCGUCUAGAGCUGUAUGUUCUUAACCCAGUCAAAGGCAGUAAAGAGCUUGAGGCUUUGAUGAAGAACUGGCCCGGCAAUGGAUCUAACAUGAAAGGCUCAGAGAUACCCCUGCCUUGCCUCGUCUCCAUCUGUGCUCUAUUGGUGUGGCAUCCUGCCAGUACUCAAGAGAAGAUCAUUCGAGUUCUCUUCCCUGGGUGUACUCCGCAGGCCAAGAUUCUUGAAGGACUUGACAAAGUAAAGCAUCUAGAAUUCCUGAAACACCCCGCCGUGAGCCUCAGGGACCUUGAAGCAUCCAAAUCAGAUAAACAACCAAAACGUGCAGAGAGUCGGGAGAGCCUUAAGUCCCUUCCCAGGGACUCAAGACCUAGCAGUGCCUUGCUGAAGGACAAACUUGGACGUGGGGACAUUAAGAAACAAGACGUGAAGACCAAGCCCAAGGGCCCAAGUGACAUUGCUCCUAAAGAAAAGAAGGAAGGGGAUGAGAAGUCGAAAUUGAAGGAUGGGGAUGCUAAACAAAGACUUCCAAAGCCUGAAAAGCUUAUGACAAAGAAAGAACCUUUAAAGGAUGAGAAAAAAGAAGUCAAAAAGAGGGAUGAGAGAGCCUCUGCAGGUGUUGCCAAAAAGGAUGAAAAUGUGGAGAAAAAGAAAGAACAAAUUAAGAAAGAACCUCUUGGUCUUAAACCAAAGAAAGAUGUCAAACCUGAUCCAAAGAAAGAGAUCAAGAAGGAAAUCAAGCCAGAUGAGAAGAAACCAACAAAACCUGUCAGCAAGGAUGUGAAAAAAGUGAUAGCUGGACCUUCAUUAGGAACCCUAGAAGCAAAAAAGCCCGUAGGCAAGAAUGGAACUUUGAAGAAGGAUGCAAUCCCCAAGAAAGACUCAUUGAACAAGGGGGGAAAGUCAAAGACGAGUAAAAAGACAGAGAAUCAAAAAGCCUCUGAAGGGGAUGCUGAUCGUUCUAAGAUGUCAACACCUGAAGACAUGACAGCGGAAUUCGAGAAGCUCAGAGCAGAAAAUGGAGAGUCAGAGAAAAAGACUGCUGUUGUAGUGAGCACUAUAGCUAACAAUGAAGGAAUGGUGCAACCUGAAACAGAGAAUGGAUCAAGAGAAAAUGCAGAGAAGGGUGACAUCUUGGAAAGUCCAGAAAAGUUCCGCUGCAUGGAGACACUCCCAAAUCCAGGGAAGGCCCUGGGAACCACUUCACCUCUUGCCAAAACUCCUAAAAGUGACCGCAGUGUGAACUUUGAUAUCACACCAACUGAAUACAGGCUUCUUGAUGGGGCCCUGCGAAAUGGACAAGAUGCAUGUGCCAGCUCAGAUGAGAAGACUUUAGAGUUGGUCUCCCCUGCUGACUCAGCCCCUAAUAGCGCUGGGCAUACCCCUUUCCACCAAUCAUCUGAAGAGGAUGCUCAAGGCUCUGGUGAGGACAGUAGUCUCGGGGGAAGGGUGCCUAGCCUUGGGUUUGAAGACUGCCAUGUCAUGGGUUCUUGCAGGAACUCUGAGGUAGGCUCCUUGAGGGGGAACCUAGAGAACUCUACAUCGUCCCAGGAGAAGCAAUCAAGCCUUUUGACACCGAGUCCCUUCAUGCUGCCGGACUCUGUCUCCCCCAAUAUUACCUCUAUGCCUGCUGAAAUCGGUUCCCCACACUCGACAGAAGUUGAUGAGUCUCUUUCCGUGUCUUUUGAACAGGUGCUCCCAUCUAUUGAUGAGUCACCCAAGGGAGACCAUAUGGACAGGUCCUACUCGAAUGGGCAUUUUGCUGAUCCUGACCCCAAAAUGGGGAUGUCCUUACCUUUGAGGACAUGUCAUAACAUGCGUCCGCCAGGGGAUGGCUCAGAGGAACGCCUUACUGGAUUUCAGGGUCUUCUCCCCGACGUUCCCCAUGACGUCGACCUCUGCCUGGUCUCACCUUGUGAAUUCCAGCACCCGAAGUCCCCAGAGAACCAACAACAGCAUCUGUCUCCGGGGCUAGCGACAGGUAGCCCGCGAGAACUAUCAGAAAACAGCGACCACUCCCAGGAGCUAGCUAAGCCACAAAGCGUCAUUCAUAGUGAUCGACAUUCGCCACAAGGUCAGGAGACUCCACCCACAUCUGCUAGUGAGUCCCUCAACACAGCCACAGAUUCAGACAUACCCCCAGGGACUGAAGACUGCCCCUCCAUCACUGCAGACAUGGACUCUGAUGAGGAUUCUGGGAGUUUCCCACCCCACCAUCCACACGACCAUCCCAGCUCUCACUCCUCCAACAGGGGAGCUCAACAUUCCUCUCAGGACCCUCCCCCAGCCCCAAUGAAGGACCUGCCACCCUUGCCGCCCCAGCCCGGUGCCUGCAUGGCUGACCCUGAGGCUGAUGCUCCAAGCAAGACCUCAAAGAGCACAGUCACAAAAACCAAGAAACCAGCUGGGGUCACACAUAGGUUAACGUCAGCUACCAGUACGACUCUGAACAGCAAGACCAAGACUGGCAGCACAACUGGUACGUUGAAGAUCACCUCAAGUCUUGACACAAGGCCUUCAUCCCGCAAUACCACUAAUGGCUCCAGACCUGGGACUGCAAGGUCAGCUUCUUCAGGUUCUGUGGGCAGCAAGGCCAGUGCAGCUGGAGGGGCCCCAGUUUAUUUAGACCUGGCUUAUCUCCCAUCUGGCUGUGCCUCUACCACCAUUGACGUGGAGUUCUUCCGACGCCUGCGCUCCUCCUGCUACAUCGUUAGUGGCAAUGAGCACCUGAAGGAGUCUGUCAUGAGACCUAUUCUUGAUGCCCUACUGGAGGGGAAGACGGCCUGGCCCGAUGUGCAGGUGACCCUGAUCCCCACUUUUGACUCACUGACGAUGCAUGAGUGGUACCAGGAGACCCACGAGAGGCAGGGGGAGCUGGGCAUUACCGUGCUGGGCAGCAACAGCACUGUGGCCAUGCAAGAGGAGACCUUCCCUGCAUGUAAAGUGGAGUUCUGAGAGAGAACAAGACGAAUCUUCAGAUCCCUGCACUCUUAUCCACCAAAGUAUCUCCCUCACUUGAUCUUCUCUUAAAUUGUGAUGGACUCAUUUCCCCCCUCUAAACUGACGAUUUCCCACCCUAGCAUGCAUCAAGUAUAGCCUGGUAGAUUAGCAGGCUUUUUUCCUCCUUUCAAUCUUAUUAAUAUAGAGCGGACUCCAGCAAGCACUCCCAUCUUUGCCUGGGUACAUCUAUACCAUGGAAAUGAAGGCAGAACAUGAAGAUGUCCAAGAGUCUUUGGUCUACCAACAUGCAGAAAGGUUGUUCAUUAUGAAUGCUAGGCAAGGUGGAUUUAGAAGACUGGCAAUACUAAUCGAAGUUCCUCACACUUCUUAUUAGCAGCCAGGUAGUUGUGAUCCAAAUCCACAACAGCCCAGAGAGAACUAGUCGACAGCUGUAGGAAACCCUCUGCCUCUUUGGGGCUGAACUCCUGAGUUUUUCCUUUAACGAUGAAUCAUUUAAUCCGUAUAGCAUUUCAUAGGUGUAUUUAGCCCUGCACCCAUUUGCACAGUUAUUAAUUUCCACAGACAAGGGGACCGCAGUGAGAGAAUCAGUGUUACAAUAGAUUAGGAUGUCCGUCAAAAACGAAAAAAGGCAGAGGGUGUGUGAGAGGAGGUGAAGACGGGACCUUUGUUGUCUCCUGGGGCACAUGUAGACGUGCCGAGACCUCAGCACUUACUGAAGGACACCGACAUGUUUCUACAUCUCAUUUUGAGUUUCAUAGACGGUCUAUGAACAUUAUAAGGAGAUCGCCAAUGUCUCGGAAGGUAAUGGUGUGCAUGUGAACAGAAGGAUUACUCUGACAUUGAUAAAAUAAUGAAGUCCAUGUUUCAAGAAAUUAUGAAAUGUGCAGUAUUUUUGUGUAACAUUCAUAUCAGUCACUUUAACCCUUCAUCUGGAGCACAUACAGUGGUAUACACUUUUGACAGUGUCUUUUUAAAUGAAAUGGCUUGGUAAAUACUAGGUAAUCAUUUGUAGUUUUAGAUGGAAGGCAAUAGACAAUUGAGUCAUUUAUGUACCAACUCACAUGACUGAAUUAGUUUUAGUACCGAGUAGUUAUUUCAUGAAAAAAUGCACUUUGAAAGAAGUGUUAACAGUACAGUAUAUUUCCACACUAAUAAACCAACUGUAUCCAAACCUCUA